AUGAAGAUUGCAAUUGAAGGAUGUUGUCACAGUGAGCUUGAUGCGAUUUAUGCAGCAGUUCGUCGUGUAGAAGAAGAAACAUCUGAACAUAUUGAUUUGCUGCUUAUUGCAGGCGAUUUUCAGGCUGUCCGUAAUUCAGAGGACCUGAAAUGUCUGUCUGUUCCUGAAAAAUAUCGAAAAUUGGGUGAUUUUUCAUCAUAUUAUUCUGGUGCAAAGAAAGCACCUGUUUUGACGGUUUUUGUCGGUGGAAACCAUGAAGCAAGCAAUUAUAUGUGGGAAUUAUAUUAUGGUGGAUGGGUUUGUCCGAACAUAUACUAUAUGGGCGCAGCAAAUGUCAUUAAUAUAGGUGGAUUGAGGAUUGCAGGACUAUCAGGGAUUUACAAGGAAAAAGAUUAUGCAAAGGGACAUUUCGAAAGAGUGCCGUACAAUGCAAUGACAUUGAGGAGUGUCUAUCAUGUCCGGGAAUUUGAAGUUUCGAAGUUACUGAAUAUACCACGAACAAAACCUAUUGAUAUUUUUUUAUCACAUGAUUGGCCUCGAGGAAUUGAGAAAUAUGGAGAUUGUCAGAGAUUGUUAUCGAAGAAGCCGUUUUUUUUUAGUGAUAUACAGAAGAAUUGUUUAGGAUCUGAGCCUAAUGAGCGUUUGAUGAACCAGUUGCAGCCGAGGUAUUGGUUUGCUGCGCAUCUGCAUGUAAAGUUUGAGGCGGUGAAAAUACACAAUAUAAAAGAUGAAGGUUGGAAGGAGAGUGGGGUGGAAGAGACUGCAAAAAAUCCAGAUGAAAUAGAUCUGAGUGAUGAUACUAUGAGUGAAACUGGUUGUGAUCCUAUAGAUGUAUCAAAUACUUUAAAUGACGAGAAAGACACUGUGAAAGCUACACGGUUUUUAGCACUCGAUAAAUGUUUGCCCGGUCGUUGUUUUUUGGAGAUUUUUGAUAUUCCAGCGCUACCUGAUAACACCAAUGAAAAAUUAAAACUUUCGUACGAUAUAGAUUGGUUGGCACUUUGCAGAGUAUUUCACCCAUAUUUCUCAGUCGAGUAUCACCAGACCCCUCUCCCUCAAGAUGAAGUAUCUUUGGCAAGGGAAAUAGAAAAAGAAAAAGAAUGGGUUCAAGAGCAUAUUGUUCGCCCAUAUGGAUUGGAAAUAUCUCCGCAUUUUGAGCACACUGCUCCCAUUGAAGGAUCUGACUUUUCAAAAGAAUGUUUACGUAUGAAAGCUUACUUUUUAUUCGAUAUAAAUUUACUUCAAUAUAGCACUUUUGUACAAUAA